AUGAACUUUACAACUCAACCCACAACAGGUCCUCAGGGUCAGCGUUACUCUCGCCGUCCAGGACUCAGAAACUCCGCAGCGCCUCUCCACCAGCGACUCCUCUCGAAAAAGAUCCACAAGCAACAAGACUCACCACUGUUUUCUCUCAUUCCGCCAGAAGUUCGCGCCAAGAUAUUUACCUAUGCGCUCUCUGAUUACGAAGACAGGCGUCGACCUCUUUUAUACGACUCCAAAACUUCCUUCUGGCGACCCUCCCAUCGUGGACCUCGCAGGACGAGCCCCGAGCUGCUGAGGACAUGCCGCGCCAUUUAUCGCGAGACGCGGUUUCUGCCGUUUGCUCUCAAAGAGCAGAUCCACUGGCUAUGCGCUGACCUUCAUAUACCACAUGGGAGUGGCCGAUCCAAUGGUAACGCAACAAAGUUGGCGCUUGUGCUAGGUGAAAUAACGCAGCAGGGCCUAGACAAGGUUGAGAUUGAGAGCCUCCAUGCCUUUGCAAACACGCGCCGCCUGGAGCACGGCGACUUGGGUGCACUACUAUCGAUCCCUGGACUGCAUCCUCGGCGAAUAACCUUGACGAUUCGCUAUAUCGACUGGUGGGGCUGGGAUUGGGAGUCUCCCGACAAGCCGUUGUAUUUCAAAGCUGAUUGGAUCAGCGCAGUCUCCAGCAACAUGUCGCCUUCAACAACUGAGUUUAGGAUUGAGCUUGAGACUCUAGAACACUUGAAAGACCGAGUUGACGCCAUUGGCCAACAUAUUGCCGAGAACUGGUUCUUUGGGCGAUUUGGUGGCACCAUUCUCUACGCCGAUGUGUCGGGUAAGUGUCAUCAGGUGUCCCGCUGGUCUGGUUCGAGUGCUUGGUACAAGAAGCACAGGACAAAUUAUCAAAAGGAAAAGGGUCGCAAGCUGGAUUAUUACAUCUUGACUAUCACGUUUGAGUCGGAACUCUCUCUAAACAGAAAAGGAGGAGUGGUGAGUGAAACAGCCAAAAGAAACGCCGCAGAUCCGUUGUUCAAACAUGUCCCGGCAAACCUCGGCGAUCCAUCUAUCCUUGGGAGAUAUGGCCCUCCUUCGUAUGAGGUGCCUGGUGUUCCAAUGCUUCCUAUACCGAUGGAGGAUGAUGAUCUUUGA